CUUUUUUUCAAAAGAAAAAAAGUGGAGAUGGCACAGUUUUAUUGCAUGUCUGCUUAAUACACAUGUUUUCAUUGAACAUUUGUAUAAAUUGAAGCCUUCGCCCUACUCAUUAUUUCCUUACUCCUUUUCUGUCUAUACUUUUUCUUUUUAACAAAACUAGAAUAAUGAAAUUUAAAACUAUCGGCAGUUCUGCCCUUCUGGCCUUAUCUUUAUUCACACCAUUCUCUUUACAAGAGGAUAUCUUUGGAAACUGUCGUAAUCGAUUUCAGCCGCACCCUGCCAUAUGUGAUAAGUUUGAAUUUGUCUCAAGUGAAGAAGCUGUUCAAAAAGGUUGUGUUGUUCUGAAAAAUGGCACAGUUUUCUAUGAUUUGAGUGAUUUACCUGAAGUCAACAGUAUUGUUAGCCAUGAUAGAAAAGUAGCUAGUCUCAUCACUAAUGUCUUUGAGGAUGGUGAUGCUAAUUUUGCCUAUGCCUACUGUAAUAACAUUCAUGAUUUGCGAGGUUACACCAGCGGUUAUGCUGGCUUUACUACUGGCACAGGCGAUGCUCUAACACUAAUCAAAGAGUAUUCAAACAAUAAGCCGAAUAACCAACUUCAACAAUUUGUGCCACGUUUGGAGGAGAUUGAUCACUUACCUUACUGUGAUCGUAAGAGUCGCGGAAGCGUAGAUGGUUUACAAAAUUACUGCAGAGCAUGGCAAGAAGAAGCUUGUGACGCUAGCAAUGAUUUUGCCGAACUGCAAAGAGAAUGGGUCUAUAAAAACUAUAUGCUACCUAGUGCUCGAUAUGCUGCAGAAUAUGGUAUUGACUCACCACUCGGACGAGCCAUUUUCUACGAUACUAUCAUUCAGCAUGGUUAUCAAUAUGUUGAGCCUGAUAUAAACAUUGUUCGUAUCUUAACCUUAACUGGUCCCAGAAUGAGUCAAGAAUCAGAGCAGGAUUAUCUCACUAGAUUCUUAACAACACGUCGCGAACUACAAUGUUGUUAUCCUGAUAAUGUAUGGCCGGCAAGUGCUUCUCGUUCAGCUGAUUUACAAUAUCUAGUAGACAAUUUUGUCGAAUACGAAGACUUACGGGGCGACAUUCCUUUGAAACACUUUGGACGAACCAUAAAUGGAAAGGAAGAAGAUGCUCGUGAUCGCAAGCAUUGUCACUGACCUUAGUCGUAUUCUUGAGUAUAUAAUCAUCAUUGUUGGCAUAUGAAUUAUAAAGUAUGAGUUUCGAAAAGCUUUAGAAGCAU